AUGUUCCGCAGCACGUCGAAUUUUGAAAAAUUACUGGAUAAGGCGACGAGUCAUUUUCAGUUGGAGCCAGACUGGCCGACGAUUCUGCAAAUCUGUGACUCCAUACGUCAGAGUGACGUUCAGCCAAAGGUUGCACUUGCUGCUAUAAAGAAGAAAAUCACAAACUCUAAUCCGCACGUAGCACUAUAUGCAUUAUUGGUGUUAGAAUCCUGUGUGAAAAAUUGUGGAACACUAAUUCAUGAUGAAAUUGCUACCAAACAGUACAUGGAACAACUGAAAGAAUUAGUCAAGACUUCACAGCAUGAAAAUGUCAGGCAAAAGACUUUAGAGCUAAUUCAAGCUUGGGCUCACGCAUUUCGCAACAGUCCAAAAUACAGAGCAGUUCAGGAUACAUUGAAUAUAAUGAAAGCUGAAGGAUAUCAAUUUCCUGCUUUGAAAGAAAGUGACGCCAUGUUCAGAGCUGAUACUGCACCUGCGUGGGCAGAUGGCGAGGUAUGCCAUAGGUGCCGUGUAACCUUCAGUAUGGUUCAGCGUAAGCAUCACUGUAGAGCCUGUGGUCAAGUAUUUUGCAAUCAAUGCUCGAGCAAACUCUCUACUCUACCUAAAUUUGGAAUUGAGAAGGAAGUUCGAGUUUGUGAAGCUUGUUAUGAGAAAGUUAACAAGUCAUCUACAGUACAAGCCAAAGACACUGAUCUCCCAGCUGAGUAUAUCAACAGCACUUUAGCUCAACAACAACAAGUUCCACCUCGAAAAACGGAGGAAGAACUACGAGAGGAGGAAGAAUUGAAUCUUGCAAUAGCUUUGAGUCAAAGUGAGGCUGAACAGAAGGAGAAAGAAAAGAAACGUGCUACGAGUGCUUUAAAAUCCAAUUCCACUCCCAUAUCAAGAAUAACAUAUUCGCCGCCGCCAUCUCCUGGUCCGAGUCCGUCACGGACGCAAGAGGAGGAUGAGAUCGAACCCGAACUUGCGAAAUAUCUGAAUCGCAAGUAUUGGGAACAGAGACAGACUGUGAUCGAGGAGCAUGGGUCAAGAGCAGAUGUCACCAGUCCGUCUGCACCCAACAUAAGCAGCCCAAUGCCCCUAAAGGUUAUAUACGUGAAACAAGAAAACGGCGAGGUUGAUAAUCAAAUGGAAGAAUUUGUAAGUGGUUUGAGGUCUCAAGUCGAAAUUUUUGUCAACCGAAUGAAGAGCAAUUCCUCGAGAGGACGAUCAAUCGCUAACGAUAGCUCAGUUCAAACCCUAUUCAUGAAUAUAACUGCUAUGCAUUCCAGACUAUUAAGAUAUAUUCAAGAACAAGAUGACAGUAGAGUAUAUUACGAAGGCUUGCAAGAUAAAUUAACUCAGAUGAAAGAUGCUAGAGCUGCUUUGGAUGCUCUUCGAGAGGAACAUAAAGAGAAGUUACGUAGGAGAGCUGAAGAAGCUGAGAGACAGCGACAGAUGUUAAUGGCGCAAAAAUUGGCGAUCAUGCGAAAGAAGAAGCAAGAAUAUUUGCAGUAUCAACGGCAACUGGCUCUUCAGAAAAUUCAAGAGCAGGAGAGAGAAAUGCAAAUGCGUCAAGAACAACAAAAACAGCAAUAUAUAAUAACAGGCUAUCAAGCGGUUUCUGGUUUCAUGGGACCUUCUCAAGGUUCACCUGUUCGUCAUGUUCAGUAUCCAACACCUGGAGCUAAUUACAAUCCCAUGUCGCCGACGAAUCAAGGAGUCUACAUGUAUGGACAACCACCGAUAGGACAAUAUUCCAUGCAAAGUUAUAUACAGUCGAUGAGUACCAUGCCGCCGGUACACAUGAUGCCGCAGAUUCCUAACCCGGAGCAGCAACCAUCGGAUCCGUCCAUGCAAGGACAGGAGAACAUCGGACGAGUGUCUAUAUCAGGCCCAGGAAUGAUGCCUCAAAUGACACCACCCAUUCAACAACUUCAACCACCAAGCAACCAUCAGAUAUCCGGACCUCAGCAACAGGGUCCUCCUGUGCACGUGCAAGCAGGACAAGCUUCGACGAGCAGGCAUAUGCCUCCUCAACAGGGUGCCUCGUCUCAAAUGCCGCAGCAAGCUCCCCCGACUCAAAUCGGGUUGCCCCCGGUAUCUCAAGGUCACAUGGGCUCCUCGCCAGCAGGUUCGGCAGCUCCAGGAAGACAUGUGCCUGCUGGAGCCAUGGUUGGCAUUCCGCAAAUCGGAUCACAACAGCCAUCGACCUUGCCUGGUACUCAGGGGUCUUCGAUGUCAGCGCACGUAUACAAUGCUGCUAUCUCAUCUCAAGGUACGGGCGUUAUUCAAGUGCCUGGCGGUGUCGGAAGCGGACCCGUGUCUACAACGAGUCAAGCUUUAGUUGGUCCUCAAGCAUCCGGUAUACCGACAAUGCAAGGCAUGCCUCAAAACCCAGCAGCAGCGCAAUCGAUGCCGUUUCAACCUGCUCCUCCAACCCCAGUUGCAACCAACGAAGCUUCGCAAAAUGAGGAAGAUACAAAACCUAGAACAGCAGAGCUAAUCUCUUUCGAUUGAAUAAACACAAUAUUUCGAUGAAAUGUCACGUGCAUUUAAGGGGUUAGAUCUAUGUUACUCGGUUCUUCGUGCUUCAUAGUUUAAUAUUGAUAUCGAAACAUUCUCAAGUAGUACAUUUUUACGUAAUUUUUUAUGUAAAAAGAUCGUUUUCAAAAUUGCGAUUACUUGAUAUGUGAUAAUAUAUAAGUGAAUCUAUAUGAAGAUAGACAUUGCUACGCAUUGCAUGCUAACAUGCAAAUAUUCGUAACUUAAUUCUCUCGAUUCUAAUACGCAAUGUUUCUUUUAAAUGCUUUCUAACAAAAAUACGAACUAUUCUUUUAAGAGGAAAAGAUCAAAUUGACUUUCUAUAUUGAUCAAACCCCUUAAGUUUGUAUUUUAUUCUUUUUUUACAAAUUAGAACAUUAAUAUUGCAAGAGUAAGAUUACGAAAUAGUUAAUUACCUAUUUUAUUGAAUUAAAUAUAUUGCUUCUGCAAAAUUACAAUUUUGUAUCCCAUUUGAUUAUGAUAGAAUGCUAAAAAUGUUUUUUUAUAAAAUAUAUAUGUGAGAACUGAAUAAGAUAUAAAUAUAUUACAUUUAGCAGGAUAUACAUGUAAUAAUGCAGAAAGUUUAAACUAUAUGUUAAUUUUAUAUACUCUAUGCAAUUUAUGAUACCAAAAUAAAACUGUUUCUUGCACUGUAGUAUAUCUAAAGAAAGAAAUACUUAUAUAAAAAGUACUAAUAGAAUUAUAUGUAUAUAUAUUCAUCUUUAUUAUUAUUCUCUAUUAAAUGUAUAGGUAAAAUGAUCAGUAUCGCCUAGUGAUAAUAAUUUCCUUUAUUUUUUAAAUUAUAGAAAAACUAUAACCAACAGGGAUAUAUACACAUGAAUUAAUUACAAGAUUGUUACAAGAUUUAUUUACCGCUAUAGUGAUAUAUUUAUAUUCUUAAUCGGCAGCUUAAUCGAAUGAAUUUUUUUACUCAAGGAGAGAAUGUGCGAUACUUACGAGACAGCCUUAAUAUCGUAACAUAAAAAAGCUCUAGUUCAAUGAA